AUGGCAGAUACCACCGAACAAGCUCCACCGGAAUCUAUUGAGGCAGGUGUCGCUGGCCAGAGCGAGGACGAGUUCGAGCCCCAAGAAUGGGAAUCGUCCUCCUCUGGGUCGGCCUCUGUUACGUCAUCCAUCUUGCAGCAUGCUUACGCCAACGGAAGACGGUACCACUAUUAUCGGGACGGAAAGUAUCCCAUCCCAAACGACGAUGUUGAACAGAACCGCGAAGACAUGAAGCACGCCAUGGUCAUGGAAUUAACCGACGGGAAACUCUUCCAUGCACCGAUUGGCGAAACACCUGAGAAGAUUCUGGAUCUGGGAACCGGAGUUGGUGAGUCCGAAGUCACAAGACUGAUCUUGAGAAAAGCGAACAUGUGUUUACAGACUUACAGGUACCUGGGCGAUAGAAGAUAUCAACUGACAAGCUCUCUGCUAGUUGGGGAUCUCUAUCCCUCUGCAGAAGUGACUGGCUUAGACUUGUCUCCCAUUCAAUCGGACUGGGUGCCCCCAAAUGUUCACUUCAUCGUCGAUGACGUUGAAGACGAAUGGCUUUCUGGCGACAACUUUGACUUCAUCCACAUGCGGAAUCUCGCAUCUCUAGUUCAUGAUCUACCUAAGUUGAUUGAACGUGUCUAUGCCAAUCUCAAGCCUGGUGCGUGGGUUGAAACUCAGGAUUUCAGCGCCAACGUCGCCUGCAAUGACGGCACCAUGCCAGACGACUGGUAUCUCUUGCAGUUCUGGGAGAAGAUCCGCCAGGCCAUGUCGAAGCUCAAUAUCGAUAUACAGGUGGGACCUCGCAUCGGUAAAAUCAUGGAGGAGGCAGGGUUCGUCAACGUUCAGAAGAAGUCGUAUAAGGUACCUGUCGGAACUUGGCCCAAGGACAAGACCUUGCGCUUGGUGGGCAUGUACAUGCGAACCGUGACUGAGGACUUCCUGGGUGCGGCGGCGAGUAAGCCGCUGGCGGCUUUGGGCAUGGAACGGACGGAAAUUGAGGUCUUUCUUGCCUUGGUCCGAAAAGCGAUCAGGGAUCCUGAGGUUCAUGCGUACGGGACUUACUACUCAUGGACUGGACAAAAGCCUCGUAAAACUGAGGGCGAGCAGGAUGCGUGA